GCGGUCGACAUUUUAUCGUUUCUUGUGUCUCAACGGAAUCUUGGCUUCCCCUCUUUCUGUUUGGUUGCUGAGAAAAUCGAAUUAAGCAGAUGACUUUGAUUGUGAAUCACUGCUCCGCCUCCUUCCAUCAUUUCUGCAGAACCUCGGUCAACAGAUUCCACCGUAGAACCUGUAAUGGUUUGAGAUCACCUGUUUGCAUGAUGCAUGAUAGGCCUUCCCCUGGUGAGAGGGAGAGGAUUGGUGAAGAAUUUGUUUCUGUCAGAAAGAGUGGAUUUAGAUUCAAUACCUUAGUAAAUACAGUAGCCGUGGUAAAUUUGGCUGCAAUUGACCCUGCACAGGCUCUAAGCAUGACUGAUGUCUUGGGAGGAGCAGCUGAUUCUGUUUACACCUUGGCUGAUGCAAGUGCUGGAGAUUGGUUUGGAGGUUUCCUAUUUUCAGCUGGCCAGCAAGCUAAUGAAGCUGUUCAGAGCCAGUUAUCAGCUCUCAGUUUCACAAGUUUGGCAGUUAUUUUUGGGGCUGGCCUUGUGACUAGCCUUUCUCCAUGUACUCUAAGUGUCCUGCCACUGACACUUGGUUACAUUGGUGCAUUUGGCUCUGCAAAAAGUAGGGGUCAGAUCAUUUUGGAUUCUCUGGCAUUCUCAUUAGGAUUAGCAACAACACUGGCACUACUUGGCAUAGCAGCCUCCUUUGCAGGCAAGGCAUAUGGACAGAUAGGGCAAGGACUGCCGUUGGCUGCUUCUGGUUUGGCUGUUAUUAUGGGUCUUAAUCUCCUUGAGAUCAUAGAGUUACAACUUCCCUCUUUCUUUAACAAUUUUGACCCCCGUGCUGCUGCUGCUAAUUUCCCAUCAAGUGUGCAAGCAUAUUUAGCGGGGCUCACAUUUGCACUGGCUGCCUCACCUUGCAGUACACCUGUCUUGGCCACUUUGCUAGGAUAUGUAGCCUCAUCCAAGGAUCCAAUAAUAGGAGGCAGCUUGCUCUUGACAUACACAACUGGUUAUGUUGCUCCUCUACUUAUUGCUGCUUCUUUUGCUGGAGCGUUGCAGAGUCUGCUUUCAUUCAGGAAGUUCUCAGCAUGGAUCAAUCCAGUGAGUGGGGCACUUCUGUUGGGUGGGGGUUUGUAUACGUUCUUGGAUAGGCUUUUCCCUGCAACCACAACAAUGGUAAUGUAAAGAUAUCUAAUACAAUACACUGCACAAAGUACUACUCCAUUGUUUGGGCAAAAACAAAAAGGAGAAAACAAAUGUAAAUCAUUGAAUGUCAGUAUGUAAUCUCGCGCAUCCUUUUUUUUUUUUGGAUAAAGGCGCAUCUUUUCUCCCAAAAUAAAUAUAUGGGAACUCAUUAGAAUUUAGAAGUUAGAACCAUAUUUUUUUUAAACCAUUUUUUUUUUUAACCAGGAAUCUUAUCCAUUUCGGCUUUCAGUAUUGGUCCAAAAAGGGGAAGGGUUUCGGAUUCGGACAGAGGGAUGUGCUUUUCCAACUCCUACUUUCGCAUUUCACAUUUUUU